GUACUGGCUCAUAAAACAAGGCAGUCAUCAGGCCAUUCGUCUGUGUUUGUUUGUUGUUCAGCAGUUUUAGGGUGUUAGACCCGAAGGUUGCGCUCUCGAUUCAGCAGCACUCGAGUUUGUCACUUAUCGAUUAUAUUUAUUGCAGCGCUGUAGACUUUUAUAAAGAGGGAAACAAAGCUGUCAUCACAGCGCUUCCUGGUUUUUUUAUUACAUCGGUGUCGCAACCAAACAGAACACAACAGCUGCGAAUGCAAACUUGGUUAUUGCGUGAUAGCUGACUAGUUAACUAAGCAACUAGAGGUUUUAGAAAAAAGCUAUUUGGAUGGUUUAUUUGUGUAACUUAUUUUUCAACUAUUGGACUGAAACAUUGUUUUGAAUCCCUUUCGGCGAGCUGACUUCGCUGUUGAGCAGAACAAUGCGCUUCGCACCUAUCCCCUGCGCCGUGGGGUUGCUGUGUUGUGUUCUGGUGUUGUGCUCGGUACCGUUGGGGACCUCGUUCCCCGUGCAGGACGAGGGGAAACCGGGCAUAACGUUUCUGGAAGAGGUCGGGCGUCUCCGGGUCGGGUUCAACUGGCGGAACCUGACCUGUCCGGUGUGCAAAGUCCUCUUCACCAUCCUGGAUGUCGCUCUGCUGAGUGACGUUAAUGAGGAACGUGUUGCGCGGGCUGUGGGUGAGGCCUGUAUCCGUCUCCAUCUGGCUGAAGAGCGGGUCUGUCGUCAAAUCACAGAGCUGUUCAGAGAUGACUUCAUCAGGGCCUUGCAACAGUCUCUGUUGUGGCCGUCGGAGGCCUGUGCUCUGCUGGUUGGGAGGUCAUGCGGACGCUUCGAUAUCUAUGCCCCCUGGAACGUAACCCUACCCCGGAUCCCCAAACCCCCAGUCACCCCGCCCUCACCCCCCAAGCCUGGAGCACCACAGAGCAGGGUCCUCUUCCUCACAGACAUACACUGGGAUCAGGAAUAUGCAGUGGGCAGCUCUGCUGACUGUAAGGACCCGCUGUGCUGUCGUAAUGAGUCUGGAUCUCCCAGCUGGAAUCAGAGAGCUGCUGGGUUCUGGGGCUCCUACAGUAAAUGUGACCUGCCCCUGAGAACUGUGGAGAACAUGUUGGAGAACGCAGCGCGAACUGGACCGUGGGACUGGGUCUACUGGACAGGAGACAUACCUGCUCAUAACAUCUGGUCUCAAACCAGGAAGCAGCAACUGUCUGAACUCACCGUAAUCACCAGACUGAUACAAAGACACCUAGGUAACUUGAAGGUGUACCCGGCGAUCGGUAACCAUGAGAGCACCCCGGUCAACAGUUUCCCCCCGCCGUUCGUCCAUGGCAACCGGUCGUCACGCUGGCUCUAUGACACCAUGGCCGAGGAGUGGGCGCCAUGGUUACCAGAACAGGCCCUGAAGACUCUUAGGCAUGGUGGGUUCUACACAGUAGAGGUCCAGCCAGGUCUUCGAGUGGUGUCUCUGAACAUGAACUUCUGUGCCAGGGAAAAUUACUGGCUGAUGGUCAACUCUACUGACCCUGCUAACCAGCUCCAAUGGCUGAUCCACAUACUACAGGCCAGUGAAGAGAAGGGAGAGAGGGCCAGUGACGAGAAGGGAGAGUGGGUCCACAUCAUCGGUCACAUCCCCCCUGGUCUCUGUUUGAGCAGCUGGAGUUGGAACUACUACCACAUCAUCAACCGGUAUGAGGGUACGAUUACGGGUCAGUUCUUCGGCCACACGCACAUGGAUGAGUUUCAGAUGUUUUAUGAUGAGGCGACGAUGACUAGGGCUGUGGGCGUGGCCUUCAUCGCUCCCUCCAUCACCACCUAUGUCAACCUCAACCCAGGUUACCGGGUCUACCUGGUCGAUGGUAACUACAAGGGAAGUUCCCGGUUUGUUCUGGACCACGAGACGUAUAUCUUAAACCUUACAGAGGCUAACCGACAGCCUGAAGGGGGGUUCUCCUCCCUGCUCCCCACCACCUCACAACACGCCAUCUUCCACCCUGACCCAAACCCCAAAUGGAUCCUCCUCUACCGUGCUUCCGACGCCUACGGCGUCUCAUCCCUGUUCCCGUCGGACUGGGACGGGCUGAUCAGGACCUUCCUCCAGGACGACCGUGUGUUUCAGCAGUUCUGGUACCUCAGACAUAAAGGCCAUGUGUCAGAGCCCUGUAUAGACGCCUGUAAGACAACCGUUGUCUGUUUCCUACGUUCAGGCAGAUAUGACGAGCUGGAGCAGUGUGACCUGUUGGAGUUCGGGGGAGAUAUGGUUUCAGCUGUUAGGAAGACACUAUGUUGAAUAGAGAUUGGGGAGGGGGGGGGGGGGGGGGGGGGGGUUGAUUAACUUUGAAUGUCGGUCAUGUUGUCACCAACUGUUCAAGACAUUGAAUGUGAUUCUGGGUAAGUGAAAUGUCAUGGAACACAGGUUGAACCAAAAGAACCAGACCAUCCAAUCAGUAUCUGCGUUGUCAGAGGACAUUUACUGCUAGUGAAUGUCAAAAUAAUGGGAAGGGGGGAGGGGGGGAAUGGUGUUUUCAAGUUGUUUUUACUAAGACAGAACAUUGAGUCUCUUCACUGAGGAGUUGAGUCCUGAAGUGUUCAUAGUGAAGUCUCCAAAGGGUUGCAUUGAUAGAGUUACUGCAUUCAUUUAGCCUAAUAGAUUUCAUCACAUUGCGACAGAGUUGAAGGUGUCUGCUUGCUCAGCCCGGGGCGUUUUCGGAAUGGCCUGCUCAGCCCGGGGUGUUUUCGGAAUGGCCUGCUCAGCCCGGGGCGUUUUCGGAAUGACCGGCUCAGCCCGGGGCGUUUUCGGAAUGACCGGAGGGGGGAGAGCGGCGGCUGGUGUUGAAAUCAAGUCUUGGUGUGAAGUUUUCCCCAGAAUGAGAUUGAUUCGACUUCAGUUGUUGCCUGUCGCAUCCACAUUAAUCUAGUUGCUUAGUUUCCAUUGAUGAACUGGUUACUGCGAUUAAGGCCAGGGUUCAAUCCAUUGUUGGCUAUGUGCCAUUUAAAAAUGUUUUUAAAAAAAAAGGUAAUUUUCUGAUUUUUGAGCUGAGAAAUAGAUUUAUGGUCAAUGCUGUCUCUCUCUGAACACGGGAACACUGCCGUUUUCUUAGAAGGUUUUUCUGAGAAGGUGCAUAACUGACUGAUCAGAAUCUCGGAUCUUAAUUUUCUGGUUUUGUCUGUUUUAAGAACUCACCUUGGUGUCCAGAUUUGAUUAUUGUACCAUUGUCAGCUCUGUAUUUGUCUUCAGUGAGUUUUCAGUGAGUUGUUUGCACAUGUUGUGAAAUGAAUAUACUGGUGAUUUUCAGAGUCUACACCAAUACCUUCCACUCUCAUUCAGCACUUUAAUUUCUAGUGUGGAUUGUCCUGUGUGUAACAUGUCUGUAAUUAUUAAAAAGAUGAACAUUUUUGUGAAUAAAGAUGCAUUUUGAGAUUUACUUAA